AUUUUGAUUGCGAUGAUUGCAGAGCAGCAGAUAAUAGGAGGUGGUGAUGGAGGACAAAAGACAUGAGAGAGAUGGCCCAGUAAAGCCUGCAACACAAAUGAGUGGCCUUGCACCACAGGGCGUUGUGUUUUCUCCUUCCCCCCACUCUCCUUCCCUUCUUGUUUCUUUCUUUUAUUAUUACCUCUUCCAUUGCCCUUGUUUGUCUCUAUCUCUCUGUCUCUAUUCGUAGUACCUUUUCUCUCUUUCUCCCUCGGCCCUUUAAUUGAACAAACAAACACCCUUCUUCCCAUUGCAUUUAGAAUAGUCUUUUUUGUAGCUAGAUCAGUACGUGCUCUGGGUUUAAUGGGGUCCGAAAAUAAGAUCCUUGUUUUUUGGGUCUUGGCUUCUUGAGGGGAAUGAAAAGCAUGCAAAGAAACCAACCAACGCACUUGUGGUAUUGGCCUUCUUGGUUUAACAUGUUUACUUGUGGUUCUCUCUGGACAACUGCAUAUGCUGGCAAUCAGCUGUGAAAUAUUUGCAAGGCUUGGGUUUGCCUGGCUUAGGGGAAGGUAGGUUGUGAACUUGUUCUCACGUGCGUCCUUUUGACCACGUACUCCUUCCUUUCCUCUCGUUGAUAGUCGUCUCAACCCAGUCUUUCAUCAAUUUUCCACCUUUCGUGUUUCAUUUUAUUUCCAACAUGGAACUUUGAAAAGAUGUUCUGUUGAUUUUGGACGCUGAAGUUAUUUCUCAUUUUAUAGCGUUGAUGGGAUUUGAUACAUUGUUAUAGUAAGCUAGCAUGCAUUUUCUAGGAGAGAGUAAAGAAAACACUCCUUAGAAUUCAAACAGAGUGAUGGAGAAUGAUAUGUUUGGUGCUCCAAUGGAUACGGCUGGCCGAAGUUACGCUGUCUUAGAUGAAACACCAAAUGCACUCAUUCAGGGCUAUUCAUUUGACCAAACCCGCAUCAUGAAUGGAAUUUCAAUGCUCGCUGGAAUGCAAGGUGAACUCAUAAGUAGUCUCCAAUUGGAUGUUCCUCUAAUGAAUCCUGCCUGCAUUGCUCAUCCUAAUUCCUUGGUUCCAUCCCAAGGGAAGAACAUUGUAGCUGAUGCCUCACUUGGAAACCCAUGUCCCCGAAACAACAGUGUGUUUCAAGAUCAACGAGCUGGAGGCACAAUCUCUCCUGCUUCCCCAGCUGCCACUCCUGCUGCAAGAUUUGGUCUUGAAGAGAGCCUAGAAAAAUCAGCAGCUUUGACUCCUUCAGUCUGUUCAUUGGAGGCAUUGGCACCAUAUAUGUUGAGCAACUGGCAGGAUAAUUCAGACACUUUGCUUCCAACUUCUGGAGAUCGUGGGUAUGAUACUAGGUUCCUGACCUAUUCGUCCGCAGCGAACCUGGAUCCAAACGGAUGGACAUCUUCAAAUGCUGCAAACUUGACCCAUCAGGGUUAUGAUUACCCAAAUUUCAGGAAUGAGCUCUCAUUAAGUCUAGCGACCUCUCCCACCACAGGUCAGUGCUCAGAGGUGAGUUCUGAUAGCUUGGAACAAGCCUCCUGUAGCAGUAAGGGGGUUUCUAGGAGUUUGGGUUCCAAUAGACGUGUGAAUUUUUCGCAAGCAAUAUUGGGGUCCGCAUAUCUUGCUGGGAUUCAAGAAAUACUUGCUCAAAUUGCAAGGUAUUCACUUGAAAAUAUAGAACAGAUAAAUUGUUCAGCUGGUUGCAGUAGAGCCAGAGCAGAAGGGAAUAUAUCAACCUCAGCUCCUCCAUUCAGGAGCAUGACAGAGACAACAAAUCACAAUGCAGAUUCUAUGUUUGAAGCUCAAGCAAAUUCUUCAUUUGCAAGACACGAUGCUGCUGAAUCAAAGAAAUCCCGGCUUCUGACACUUCUACAGCUGGUGGACAGUCGAUAUAAUCAGUGUUUGGAUGAGAUACAUACUGUUGUAUCCGCAUUUCAUGCUGCUACAGAGUUGGACCCGCAAGUUCAUACUCAUUUUGCCCUUAAGACAAUCUCUGUGCUGUACAAGGAUUUGCGCGAGAGGAUAAGCAAUUAUAUCCUUUCCAUGGGAGAAAGAUUUAACAACUCCCGCUCAGAAGAAGAGAAGGAAAGGUCUACGGAAGCUUUAUUCAUCGAAAAGCACUGGGCCCUGCAGCAAUUGAAAAGAAAAGGGCAUCAGUUAUGGAGGCCCCAAAGGGGCUUGCCAGAACGAUCUGUCUCUGUCCUACGAGCCUGGAUGUUUCAGAAUUUCCUCCAUCCGUAUCCAAAAGAUGCAGAGAAGCAGUUACUUGCAGUAAAAAGUGGACUGACGAGAAGCCAGGUAUCAAACUGGUUCAUUAAUGCUCGUGUGAGGCUGUGGAAACCUUUGAUUGAGGAAAUGCACGCUGAAAUGAACAGAAGAAAGGCUCUUCGAAAUGAAGAGGGCACGCAGAGCAGCCACAGAAGCAGCAGGGUACGCCUGGGCAAUCAAAGAUUUACUACCAAUUCAAAGUAAAGAAAGUCGCAUAACAAUAUGAAGAAAGUGGCCUUUUUUCGACACAGGAGCUGUGCAUGAUGCUCUGUGUAGUGGGGCGGGAUGCAGUUGCAGAGUCUUUUUUGAAAAGUAGACUUCCACUCAUGGUUGUCCAAGACCUGUAUCAAACAGAAAGGAAUAUCAGUAAAUAGCACUACAUUCAUAAUUGCUUAUUUUGGUUUAA